UGUGAAAUCAGGAGACGUCCACUUUGGACCACAAGGAGUCACCAAAACAACUAGAAAACUAGGUGAAGUACCUGAACCAACAGUUUCCAGAUAUCCAACAGUGGGCAGCAUAUUGCUUUGGUUGCUUAGAGAAGAGACAAAUGAGGUGUGUCCUGUGAGUGCCUCAUCUAGAGGCAAGACCACAGUAUGGGAGGGGACCCAAGCAGAGACUCUGCUGGGAUGGGGAUGUCUUGAAUUCUGACCUUCCAGAAUGGAUACUGGAUACAUGAAACAUUCAAUAGAGACCUCAAAAGGGCCACACUUAACAGGAGAUCUUAAUGAGCCCUAAUGGAGAGGCCACUCACCCACCCAGCAAAGCUUAAAAUCAGACCUUAGACAACCAAUGGAUCUACAAGCAACUCAAGCCUGCCAGGAAACUCUUGAACAAGGGCAUCAACUCCACAUCCAGCUUUUGGUCAGAAACCACAGGCAUGCAAAGCUGUCCCCCAUACCUGCAAGUGGGAAACUUCAUCAAGGAGCAUCAAGGCAGAAAGGCUGUACCCAGUCCCUGGGACUCCUCUGCCAGACCCCCAAGUGCUUGGCAGGGGUCAGGCUCUGGAACAAGGCCUCCCGAAAGCCACACCCCAGCACUGAACAGAGAGAGGCAGCUGAGGAGCAAGGACAUGUUAUUUGCCUCCAGUUGCAGAAACUCCUUCCUCGUUAGCCAGGGCAUUCAGGUAGCUCAGAAGAGCAGCACUCUGCAGAGGUGAAGGAGUGCUGAGCCAGGUUGAAAGUGCACUCCCCAGUCCUGACUGCCAGUUGCUGUAAAGAGACUUCACUUAUCACCUGGCAUAGUGUGGGUGCUCAGUACCUUGCCACUUUAUGAUGAUGGUAUUGGGGGUGGGGAUGUGGCUCGGUGGUACAGCACUUACCGAGCAUGCCCUGGGUUCGAUCCCCAGCACCAAAACCAAGUUAUGAUUAUUGUAUUUGUGGGGAAUUCUUUCAUUCCUCAGACCUAUGAACUCUCACAAGUGGAGGAUUUGUUUGUCACCCACAUCCAGUUAAAACAGAAGUCCUCACUGGUCAAGUACCUACUCACCCAGCACAGCUUGUUGAUGCUCAUUCUCUUGAGCGCUCCCAAAUCAUGUUAAGUGUCAGACCCGAGAGGAUGUGGGUCUACCUAAUGUGGGGUGUGGACUCUGACUCAAACCCUGGCCUCCUCUCUCUACCCUGCUAUGACCACACAGUCCAGGGACUGCAGGGCCCAGGCCCACAUGUGUCUGAAUGAUUUCCACAGUCCCUGUCUUGUGUCGGACAAGGUACCCUGGAGACCAGUAAGAGUAGAGAAGCAUGCCACCUGCCACAGGGCUGUCCCUUGGCAGUCCUCAUGCUCCUAUCAUGAAACCACAUGCCAAGUGCCUUGGGGAAGCCAGAGUUAGCCCAAGACAGGGCUUUUGCCUACCAGGACUGCAUGGCUGUUUGCUACUGUCUCUCACCUGCUUUUUUCUAUAACCAGGCUAUGUGGCAUCCAUCAUGGGCAGAAGGAGGCCUCUGCCCAGGAUCCAUGCACGGGACCAUCAGCUCCGGGCACAAGCAGAACGACAGGCAGUAAACUUCAUGGUGCAAGGCUCUGCUGCAGACCUCUGUAAGAUGGCCAUGAUCCGCAUCUUCUCUGCAGUGGCCACUUCCCCCACCCUGACGGCCAGCUCUUGUCAGGGGAACCAUGGAGUCCUUGCAACAGAUUCAGGACCCGGAGCUGCAACUGCAGGUGAGAAGGGCACACCCCUGCCCAGCCUCCCCACUGUGUCCCUCACUGUCAAGAAUCAGCCCAGAGUGGAAGGGGGAGUGCCAGACUGCUACUAUGGCACAGGAAGGCAAGGACAGAGGAUUGGCCCCUUGCCCUGCAUGCCAGGACUGCUGCCAAGAAGCCCCCUUCCCUGCUGGUGGUUGGCUGUUGCCUGGUGAGAAGCCAGGAUGAGGGUCAGCUGCUCCCCCCAGCCUGGGACUCUCCACCACCCCUGUGUCCAAACCUCUUGCCUGAGGCUCACACUUACUGGGGGUGUAAGUGCUGGGGGCCCCCACCUACCCCAGGCAUGUCCAUAGAAUAUGCCCAAACCUAGUAUCAGCCUGCUUCUGCUUGGGCACCACUUGGAGGCAAUUCUGGGUCCUCACCAGGAAAAGACUGUAGUGCAGGCUCCCCAAAAGUGAUGGGGACAAUUGAAGGAGUAGUAAUGAGGACACGGGGGCAGGGUCCCAAGUCUGCACAGAGUUCCCAAGUAAGGUCAGAGACAUUCCUGUCACUAGUGAGGAUCCAGCCCAGUGGAACGGGCUGUAGAGGGGCUUACCAGACCUCCUCCCAGAGCAGCCUCUGCUCUGCUGGCAGGCAGCCCCCUGGGGGACCCUCCUGGGAAACCCCCCCCUCCCAUAGGAUGUGCCACUGCACCUUCAGAGCUCAGGGACUCACCAAGGCCUCCCCUCUCCCCACUCUUCAGAGGAGAGGGCACCCAGAAGCAGCCCAGGUACUUUGCCCAGCCGGAAGGGAACUUAUGCCCUCUAGUAGAUGCACAGAAGCCUGUGUCUGGGCAGGCAGAGGAGUGGGACUACCAGACAAUGGAAGCUGGGAAAUCCCCACCCUGGCUUCCAGAAGGAGCCCUUCUAGAGCACCAAGCUGGGGGCACCACUGGGGCUACAACUGGUAGCUAUGGUGGGGCCCUGGGCAAGAGAGUCCACACAGAAUCAGGGCCACCCAUGAAGAGUCUGCUGCCCCCCUGGCUCCUACCCAACUGGGUGAUUUCUGGGGGUGAUGGGCACAGAUUGCCCCAGGACACACCUCGCCCACCCUAGGGCACCUUGCCUGGAGGCCCUCCCUACAGGCUGGGCCGCAUGCUGCACCAAGGACUUAGGGGACAUCUCUGUCAAAGCCAAGGCGUCACCAUGGGCAGGGGGCUGUGUGUGGUAUGGACCUGUUACUGGGAAGACGAGUGUGCAUGUGCACAGGUAUGUACAUGUGUGCACAGCUGGGUGCUGCCAUGGCUGUGUCCGGUUGUGUCCCAGGAUGUGUGGGCCCCUCCAUUCUGCUUAUGGACCUGGGAGGCGUCUAGCUAGCCCAGGCCCAGAGCUCACUUCUGAUUGCCACCCACAGGUGCCCCUAAAGGUGAGCCUGAGCGCCGGCCGUUCCUGGGGACACCUGGUUCCACUGCAGGAGGCCCUGGACUCUUAGCUCAGCCUGAGUCACACCGAGUCUCCCAGCAACAGUCUGGCUGCCCAGGUCGCUGGGCACCUCCUGGGCCUGUGCAUUUUUCUCCUUCAUUUUGUCUGUAGCCCCGGGCAACAGGAGGAGGAGGGAACUGGUCUCCACCAGCCCAUUGUGUGGCCUUUCCCAAGGUCACCAGUGAGUACUUUGAGCUCCUGGAUGAAUACAGGCCCUUUAACCCUUUGGGGCUGGGCUGACUGGGAUGUCCCCUGGAGUAAACACUUUGUGUGAAGCUUA